CAAAAUCAUGCUAGGUCGAGUGGUCAGUAUUCCUAGUAUAUUUUGACAGCUUCUCAGGUGAGGCAUCUCGUCCGACUCCGGGGGCUGUUUCACUUUCUCUGAGUUUCCGAACACACUCGCUGUGAGCCUGGGGCUGACACACUCAAAAAACAACACUCUGAAGCCCUACCAUCACGGCACCAUGAGCAAAAAGAAAAAGGACUGGAAAGUGGAAAAAGCACGGUUGCUGGGCCUGACACUGGAUGAGAGACGUAAGGAGUACUCCUCAUACGUGCCUCUGGACAAGAUUCCCACUUGGAAAAAGCAGGAGAAGAGUAAAGGAAAAGAGGAAGUGGACGAGCAGGAUGCGCACCCUCUGAGCGACAAGGUGUCUCUUUACAAAGGUGACAUCACCAUCCUGGAGAUCGACGCCAUAGUGAAUGCUGCAAACUCCAGUCUCCUGGGAGGUGGCGGAGUUGACGGCUGCAUACACAAAGCCGCGGGGCCCUGUCUGUACGAGGAGUGCACCACGCUGAACGGCUGCGACACCGGCAACGCCAAGAUGACCGGCGGCUACGAGCUCCCGGCCAAAUAUGUGAUUCACACUGUGGGCCCUGUGGCAAGAGGCCAUGUUGGCAAGUCCCAGCGAGAGCUCCUGAAAGACUGCUAUCAGAACUCUCUGAAGCUGAUGAAGGAGAAUGGCUUGCGGUCUGUGGCUUUCCCGUGCAUAUCAACCGGCAUUUACGGCUAUCCGAACGAGCCCGCCGCCGAAAUCGCCCUGGCGACCGUCAAGUCCUGGCUGAAGAAGAACUGCGAUGAGGUUGACCGCGUCAUAUUCUGUGUUUUCCUGGAUACGGACUUCAGGAUCUACAAAGAUAAGAUGUUCCGGUUCUUUUCCCAAGACAAUGACAGGAGUGAUGACAGGGAUGAGGCGCAGCCAGAGGAAGGUAAAAAGGGCACGCCGCCAACCAAGAAACCCAAGAGCAAAAAGCCAAGCAAAGGGGACGAGGACCAUGAAGAGGAAGAGAAGAACAAAGACCACUCCAUAGACGCCAACAUGGAGAGCCAGAAAGAAGAGGAAGAUCAAAGUGAUGUGGAUAUGCAAAGUCAAAAUUUAGAGCCUGAUCACCCAGAUCCAGAGGAAACAGAGGAAAAGAAAGAUGAGAAAGUGCCAACUCCAGACGUCAGCAGGAGAGAGGAGGGCGCCGCGGAGGGGGACAGGCAGUCUGAAGACGCAGAAAGCGCAGUGGAUUCCGAAGCAGAGAGCAGGAGCAGCGCUGGUAAGGAUGAGGCCAAGCCCCUGUCAGCGCAGAUGGCCGCAGCAGGAGCAGCCGGGUGUCUGGAUAAAGAGUUGCCAGCUGCAGAAAUGGAGGAGUCCAUGGAUGUGGACCAAUCAGUAGAGCCACUGGAGCCCGAGGGUGUGGAAGGGGAUCCUGUUCCAAAGGACAAACUGACCAAUGAGGAAAAUGAGAGCAGUUCUGGAGAAGCGGAAAUGAAAACUCAGGGUGAGGAGUCCGGGGAAGCCGAAGUAACUCCAGCAGACAGCAAUCAAUCCAAAGGUGAGGAAAGCAGAGAUGGUGUGGGGCAUUCUGAGGGCCCUUGAGGCAGGAGAAGACAAUCGUGGUCACCAGGGAAACGGUGGACUGUGUGACAGCACAUUGCACCAGUACUGAAACCCACAGGGGAGAAGAGAAGAGCAGGCAGUAGAGUACCAAUUCAUUAAUUUGAGUGCAUCAUCAUUUCUUACAUUUUUUUUUUUUCAGUUUUUACUACCAACAUUUCCACAUGGAAAGAUAUGAAUGAAUUAGAAACAUAUAUGAAUGAAAAGAUAGCAAAACAAUAAAUAAAAUAAAACCAGUGGUUUGAGUCAGAGUGCAUAGCACUACAUCCCAUGCUGAGGGUUUGUUUAGCUGGCCUGCCAUGAGCUUUGAUUGGAUGAAUGUCUUUGGGGGAAGGAAGAGAGCAGUCCGUCUUUAAGUUGGACAUUCUCCACUUUAGUUGUUUGCUCAUUCUUGGGGUCCCUGGAAGCCAAAUGCCACCUACACCUCAAGCCUAUUUAUCGCUGAAGGUGACCGUACUAAAGUCCAGGGCCUUGCAUUUGGAUAUAAACACUCUACAGCACGGUCAACAGGCUUCGCAGUAUCUGUCUCAAUGAAUUGUGUACACGUGAGAGAUGACCUGGUGAUUUUCUGAUUUCUUUUUUUUGAGAAUCAAGGACAGAAGCGUAACUAUCAUGUAUUUUCCUUUUCGUUUUUUUAUUUUAUUUUCUACUUGAAAUGUUUGGGUUUAGAAACGUAGUGUAACAUGGGAGAUGGGAAAACAAACUACACACACUAAUUAUCUGUGAAUCUGUUCUUUUUAUUGGCCAUCGUCAUUGUGAAUGCAGAACUUCGCUAAUUCAGCUGACUCAACUAUAGACCCCACAGGGCUCACCUGUUGUCAUGAACCCUGCUUUCAAAAAUCACAAAACUUCGCUUCGAAAUUCGCUUUCAUUUUUCCAUGGUGCGCCGGUUAGUUUUGGCCUGCAUAGCGGCCUUGUGAUAAGAGGAGCUUACUUUGGGAACGUGCCUGUUUGGGAAAGACGGACGCGUUUAGACGCCACCGUGAGUCCACAGAUCUUAAUAUCAUUUUCAAUAUGUAUUUCUGUUGCAUGACAGCUUUGCUUUGAACUCCAGAGAACGUUUGCUCUCAUUUUUGUCUUCUCUUUUUACCAGAUUGUCUCUAUUUACAGUUGAAAAUCUGCCUUAUUCCAUAACAUGUUCAAUAUGGGAAAACAUGAGAAGGCGGUGUAAGUGCAAAUAUUUAGCAGUGCGUUGCUUGCAAGUUGUAAUUACUAGUACCUGGCGUGAUGGCUGAUGCCUCUUUUUUUAACUGUAAGAAAUUAAAUACUUAUAACCUUUUUUUGUUAUUUCUCCCCUUCCCACCCCAAAGAUUUAUAAGUUCCUUUCAUCUGUGUCAUAUGUCAGAUUUUACUCAAUGAAAGACCUUCAUAAUUUGAUGUUUGCUUUGCUAAACAAUGACAAAAAUAAACUACAAAACAAUGACUCAA